GAGCAGUGGGGGUUGAGCGACUAGUGGAAACGUUAGUUGCAACGCCCACUUGAGCCAAGCGCUGAGGAUUGCGACUGUAGCUAUGGCUGACCUUUUUGGGCCCGGCUAACGAUGAGGUACAGUGAGCACACGCUUAGGCGAACCGGCUACAGAAUGAAUGAAUGCCUGAGAAGCGUUUGCCCACAUCUCAGUAUGGCUAGGGAAAACGUUUCCGAGCCGAAUGGAAUCAAACUACGGGUACAGUGUGCACACACUUUAGCGAACAAUCUGCAAAAUAAGUUUCUAAAAGCUUUAAAUAGCAAGCAACUAUAAAUACGCUGCGCCAACUGGCAACCAUCAACAAAUCAGCUCAGCCGCUGCAGCCAUCGCAUCCUUAACAAAAAGAGCCGCACUUAAGUACAAAUCCUCAUCAUGAAAUUCCUGUGUGUCUUCGUUGUGUUGGCCGUGUGCCUGACGGGCUGCCUGGCGGCCAUUGUUGAGCCCGCAGCAGCAGCAGCUGGAGCAGUGCCUGACGCUGAGCUGGAGUCGACGCUGGGCGAAAAGAAGACGGAGAAGCGCGGCAUCUACGGCUUUGGCUAUGGUCAUUAUGGCCAUGGCUAUGGCGGCUAUGGACUGGGACAUGGACAUUAUGGCGGCUAUGGUCUUGCCACGCCCUACUAUGGCGGCUACGAGUACGUGCAUCACGCUGCGCCCUACUACGGCGGCCAUCAUGGCUAUUAUCCUUAUCAUCAUGGUCAUUAUGGUUACUAUUGAGCUUAACUGGGACCUAUGAUAUCACAUUAUAUACUCAAACACUCAUCGCUACACAAUCAUAUAUAAAUAAUUUUUUUUUUUUUUCAUUUUUCUUCAUGCGCUUCGAAUAAAUAUCCUUACAAAAUGCA